AACAUUUAAAGCUCAUCAAACUUCUUGUAGCAGCUCCGUCCAUCUCUCUAAAUCCUCUUCAUACCCAAAACCAAAAACAAAAAAGAAACAAUGAUGUCUUCCGUUGCAAACUUGGUCAUCAAGAGCUUUGACUAUGCUUCCACGGUAUGUGUUGAAGAUGUGGUGGAUAGUUCUCGAGCGGCGUAUGUUGAGAAUGGUGGUGAUGACGAUGACAGUGGCUAUGAUUAUGCUCCUGCUGCGUGAUUGUCUUCUAUUAGUAUAUAAAUGUAAUUUAGGAGGAGAAAAAGAGAGAGACAAAGUAAUUGAGAGACUUUUACCCAAAAAAAAAAAAAGAAGAAGUAACUGAGAAGACAUGUAAUUUUGGAGGAAAAAAAAGAGAGAGACAUGACAACGUAACUUAGAUAUCUAGCUAGGCCGUGUAAUGUACGAGAUAGUGUUGUGAGUCUUCUUACAGAGUGAGCAGACAUGUGGUUUCCUUAACUGUAGGAGCAAAAUCAUUUCUUCCUUAAUUAAAAUCACUUUUUUA